AUGAUGCAUCCCAAGCCCCAGAUUCUUCGUUUCUCGCAAAUCUUCCUGGUCGUCGCAUCUGCCUUUAUCCUGUACGACUAUAACCAGGCCGGACUCUCGGCCCUACUAGACCUCCCCGACGUCAUCUGUUACUUUCCCCAAGUCGACACUAUCAAUACCACAGGGGCUGAGGAGGCACGAAACUCAACCAUAAAAGGGUUGGCCAAUGCCUGCUUGCAACCUGGGGCCCUUGUGGGUGCUCUAUCCUGUUCGGUAACCGGAGACGCUCUUGGCCGCCGAAAGAGCAUCUUCAUUGCGGGUAUGCUCGCACUGGUUGGUCAAAUCCUUCAGUGCUCAGCGUUCUCUCUGGCGCAGUUUAUCGUUGGACGGGUUAUUCUGGGUCUCGGGAUAGGCCAGUUGAGCGUCACGGUGCCUGUGUGGCAAUCAGAAAACCCAUCGGCUGGUGGGAGAGGACGCCAGGUCAUUGCAGCUGGUAUCUUCAUUUGCGUCGGUUUUGCCAGUUCCAGUUGGAUAAACUUCGGCUUCGGCAAGGUCACAUUUCAGCCCGUCCAAUGGCGCAUAUCUUUGGCCAUCCCCAUCUUGUUCUCACCGGUUAUCUGUUUCUCAAUUUUUGCCCUCCCGGAGUCCACACACUGGUUGGUUCAGAAGAAUCAAAUCGAAAGCGCAACAGACACUCUUGCCAAGCUUAACGGACUUUCCAGAGACAACGAGCAUGUCCGAUCUGAGAUUUCCCGGAUCCAACACUCUCUCGAGGCCGUCCAGGGUGCCUCACUUCGGGAUCCAUUCGCGAGUGGUGACCAAUCGCGGCUUGGUUAUCGGCUGGUUCUUUGUAUCAUGCUGCAAACCCUUCAGCAGCUAGUUGGCGGGAAUUUAAUCUCCAUUUACACUACGACAAUUUUCGAGGAUAACUUGCACCUCCAGGGCGACCUUCCCCAGAUCCUCGCGGCUACCUCCCUCAUAUGGAAGCUACUCUGCUCAUUCAUCGCCUUCGCUGCCAUCGACUAUCUGGGACGGUGUGUGGUAUUUAUCAUCAGCGGAACGGGAAUGUCACUAUGCAUGGUAGUGAUGGCCGUUGCGACGAGUUUUCCUGCUUCAAACCACGCUGCCUCGAUAGCUGCUGCGGUGUUCAUCUUUAUGUUCAAUUUAUGUUAUCCCAUCGGUUUCUUGGGUGACAAUUUCCUUUACACGGCGGAGAUUGCACCUGUACACCUUCGAGUUGCCAUGUCGUCCAUAUCGACGGCGAAUCACUGGCUGUGGAACUGUAUAAUCACCAUGAUUACGCCUGUUGCGCUGUCUAGUAUUGGUUGGAAAUACUAUAUUGUCUUCGCUGUUCUCUCUGCCAGUGUCCCCUUGAUUGUCAUUCCCUUCUUUCCGGAGACGAUAAACCGCAACCUCGAACUGAUCGAUCUCGUCUUCAGAGAAGCUGCAACAAUCUGGGAUAUCGUUCCGAUGGCUCGACGCCUCCCUAAGGGUGAUGCUCGAACAGAGGGAAGUUGCUUAAUUUAUCGGUGA